UUUCGCCACCGGGACUCGCUGCGAGAGGCCCGCGUCGCGCCAGGGAGACCUGGGAGCCGCCCUCUCCCACUCCGGCUGCACAUAGGGGCUGAGCCAAAGGGCCACCCCUUGGGGAACCCGCGGCCUUCCUGGCGCGUUUGGGGACUGCGGUAAGCGCUAGUCUCUGUGGCUGAUGGAGGCGGGUGGCGCAGCCCGGGGCACAGGUGACACACGCCGGGCCAAGGUUUCUGCUGGCGGAGAAGAGCGCCGGGAGGACCAGUCGCAGACUCCAGAGGGGGAGAGGACAAGGCAGCGAUGGCCCAGGAGCUGAGCCAGGAGGCACUACUGGACUUUCUGUGCCAGGCUGGGGGCCGAGUGACCAACGCCGCCUUGCUGAGCCACUUCAGAAGCUUCCUAAGAGACCCCGAUGUACCCUUCAGCGAGCACCAGCGUCGCCGCGAGCUCUUCAAAGGCUUUGUCAACUCGGUCGCCGCAGUGCGCCAGGACCCCGACGGUACCAAAUAUGUGGUUCUCAAGAGGAGGUACAGGGACCUUUUGGGGGAGGAGGGGCUGCAGCGACCCCGCGACCCUCCGGCGCCCGCCGCCCCUGCCGCCUCUGCAGGGGGAGCUGCGUCGUGCUCCCCGCGAGGCGCGCGCCGCGGGGAGCCUCGGCAGCAGCAGCCCAGGCGGCGGCGGAGGGAGAAGGAGCAAGAGGAGGAGCCAGCAGGUGCUGCACCCCGAGUGGCGGACGCAGGUUGCAAUAGAAUCCCAGCCAGCGGCGCCCGGGAGGCGGCCCGAGGAAGCGGAGGGCGGAGGGGCAACUUCGCCCGGAGGGCGCCCGUGCAGGCGGCGGCUGCUGCCCAGGCCGGAGUGCGGUGCGCAGCGGCAGGUACGCAGGGCCGCUGCUGCUGGGAAUGCAUCCAGAACAGCGUGGGGGGAUUCUCGGGAGAGCCGCUCCGCGGAGCACUAGCAGACUCCGCCACCGCCGCGGAGAAGCCAGAGCCGGCUCCAUCUGCCCGGGAUGCCCGAGAGGCUCCCGGGCAGCGGCGGGAAGCCUCGCCGGCAGCGCCCCCCACGCUUCAGGCAGCUGUCGAGGCUGCGGGAAACAGGGCUUCCUCGCCAGCUCUCCUGUCCCGCCCUUCUCCCCCCGGAGAUCCGCCAGAGCUGUUGAUCCCGGACGCCCUGCACUUUUCGACCCUGCAACAGCAGCAACAGCGCACUCGGGAAUGGGUGGCCAGACACCCCCCGAUGCCCGAGACCCGGGACCAGGGCCCCAUCCGUGCCUGGUCGGUGCUGCCGGACAGCUUUCUCCAACUGCCAUCUGAGCCGAGCUUCGUGGACUCGGAGCCUAACUCAGCGCUGGCAGGACCCCCUCUUCCCUCUCAUUCUGUCUAUCCUGUUCCUGACGUGUCUUCAGAAUCCUGGCCGGGAAGGCCUCCGUUGACAGUCUUCCGUAGCAUCCGUUGUCAGUUUUCCCUGCAAGAUCUGAAUGACUUUGUGGACCAGGAGAGCCACGGCAGUGAGGAGAGCAGUAGUGGGCCGAAAGAGUCGCCGGGGGGUUCUGAAGAGGGCUUGCCGGUUAAUCUGAAAACCCCAGAUUGGGGAAAGCUCAGGAAUCCAGCUGGGGGUCUUUCCAUAUCUCCAAAGGAGGGCAGCCCCAGCAGGAGCCCUCAGGGCCUCAGAAACUCAGAGGAUGUCAGCACCUCUCAGCCAGUCCUAGCAGAGGAUAAUGGUCUUGCAGGCCACUCCCAAGAACCCUUGCCCUGGCCAGCUCCCAAAUUAAGGCGAUCCCUCAGGAGGACCUCUGGGGCAGGGGGAGCAAAAUUGUCUUCCUCUGAUGAAGAGUUGCUUGAUGAGGACUUGCUAAAAAGGAGUCGUCGCCCACUUCGCUCCAGAAAACCCUCCAAGGUGGGAGCAGUGCCCAGCCCAAGGGUGGAUGCUGCCUUGACACCAAAUCCUGCAGACAUUAAAGCUGUCAUUGCUAAACUGGGUGGGUCACACAGCACACGAGCCCCUCGUAGUCAUGCACAGACCUUGGUCGCUCACAGACCUUCUGAGCACAAGUCAUCCCUGGUCCCCCUGGACGCCAGGGAGCACGAAUGGAUUGUGAAGCUCGCCAGUGGCUCCUGGAUUCAGGUGCUGACAUUGUUCUGGGAGGACCCCCAACUGGCUUUGCACAAAGACUUCUUGACUGGGUACACUGCCUUGCACUGGAUGGCCAAACACGGUGACCUCAGGGCACUUCAGGAUCUGGUCUCCGGUGCACAGAAGGCAGGGAUUGCUCUUGAUGUAAAUGUGAGGUCCAGUGGUGGGUACACCCCACUGCACCUUGCAGCCAUUCACGGUCACCAGGGGGUCAUCAAAUUGCUGGUGCAAAGAUUGGCUUCUCGGGUGAAUGUCCGGGACAGCAGUGGCAAGAAGCCAUGGCAGUAUCUGACCAGUAAUACCUCUGGGGAAAUAUGGCAGCUACUGGGAGCCCCUCGGGGCAGGCCCAUUUUCCCAGUUUAUUCCUUAGUCCAAAGCACUUCCCCCACCAGGAAGGCAAAGAGCAGGGAAGUAUCUAGAAAUGUCACCCGAAAAACUUCCUUUGCUGCGUUACUCAAGAGUCAGCACAGCAAAUGGAAAUUUGCCAACCAGUAUGAGAAAUUCUCCAAUACAAGGGAAAGAGAAGAGUAUAGUGACUGAGAUGGGCCCCUCUCUCCCACAUGCAGCUACCACAUGCUCAUCCUUGGGCUACUCAGUGAGAGAAUUCAGGGGGAAUAGAAAAAUUGCUGAGGACUGAGAGGUCAAGUGGGGUGGCCUAGCAUACCUCCCUGCAUUUCACAUUAGCACAUCCUGGACCUCAGGGGUCAUCUGAGCUUGAAGACUCAAAUGCUUGGACCAAUGAAACAAGGAAAGGGGCAGCAUCAGGUGCGCAAAACCCAGGAGGCAUUCUCCCUCCUUCCUUGCCACCACUGGUCUGGGCACAGUAAGCCACACUGUUUCCUGAAGUAGCUCUCCCAGGCCUUAGCUAGAGAGGGAGCAGAUGUCUAACAAAAGGGAGGCAAUUCAAGGAAUUGAUGAAGCGCAAACAAAAUCUUCCUUGGCUGGUAGCUUUCUGGCUUCUAUUCAUAAAUCUUGGCUGAGAGUAGAAAGCACCAGGUUUGAAAUCAGUUGGCUUCUCCCUCUCUCUCUCCUUCUCUCUCCAUUCAAAUCAGUGAAAUAAAAUUAUUACUGGAGAUUAGAAUUUGAUUUAUGAAAUUCCUCAGAGGGGUUCCCCAGUCCUUCUUUGAAUGCAACCCAUUGUGGCUAAAACGUGAAAUGAUUAGUGCCUCUCUUGAGUCUCUUUGAGAAGCAGUGGGGUAAAAUCCAGUUAGAACCUUGACUCCACACCCUAGAGGAAUGGCUGACAAUCAGACCCUGCUUUUUUGUAUUUACCCUAGGGGAACUUUCCAAAUGUAAAAGCCAUGUGGCUCAUUUGCAUAGUGACCAGAAACCAUCUUUUACAGUAUAGAAACUCCCUGUGUAACAAACAGGAUUAUCAUUAGUAGUUUUCAAUAGGUUUUAGUGGUCAACCUUCAAACUCACUAAAAGAGAACUGAUUUCACACUGGGGAGAUAGUAAUUCCUCCCGACCAGGAAUUUUCUGAGCUGCUAAAGAUAAUUUUAUUUGCACUAAACUUGUUGCCAAUUAAGAUUAAAUAUUAGCCUUGAAGUACUGUAUAUCUAACAGGAAGUGUUCCUUUUAGUAGCCUGUGAGGGAUCAAUCAUUGUGUGUCCAUGGAACGAGAGGAUGCCUAGUUUGUAAAAAUGGAUGUAGUAAUCAUUGUGUGUCCAUGGAACGAGAGGAUGCCUAGUUUGUAAAAAUGGAUGUAGUGGAACAUCAGGAUUUUUGAAUGUAAAUGGUUGAAAAAUUAAAUGUUCAAAGUAGAAAAUGUCAAUUUUUUAAUGGAAAUAUCUUAAUGUACUGUGGCAAUGAUGCUGUAUUUUAAAAGUAUUUUUGUGUCCUCUAGUUAUUUUCUCCCAUUAAAAUAUCAA